AACCAGUGGAGCUUUCCUCUUUCCAAGGUACUGAACUGAAAAGUAAGCUGCGUCAUUAUUUCCCCGGUUACCUUGCAGACUUUAGCAUCCGCUAGCGGAAAGAACUGCGGGAUUGUGUGACCAAACAUGAGGAGACAGGAACAGCAGCUGGACCGACCAGCAGCAGGCUACCUGCCUGUGUCACUCUUUAACCAGAGGAAGAGAAACAGAAUUCCUCUGAAAUCUGUUCCUGGUGAAAAUGAGUUCUUUUCCCCAAGUGAAUACAUGGCCAGUACCAGUUCAGCUGCUAGUGUAGGUCCCUCAGCUACGUAUGAAUGUUACCAGGCCUCAGACUCUUCUCCUAGUGCUCCUCAAAGCCAUCAGUGGAACAGAAAAGGUGUCCCAGAGUCUGCUAAACCCCAGCAGUAUGGCAACAGGCCUGCUCCUGGACCGUCUGCAAUGAGAACCUAUGCACCCAUACCACAUCCAUACAAAGCCGGGACCAAGAGCUCCAUGACGGGCCAGCCCAGCAAUCCAGCAGGACAAUGGGUUUUGAGCUCCGGUGUUAGUCCCAGACAUAGCCAAAUUCAACAUCCCUAUGGCAACAAGAACACCCAAAGCAAGCCAGUGCAGCAUGCAGGGUUCUCUCAGACGGCUCAGCAGUCGUCCAACAAACAAAUCUUCCCUGCACGUCAGUUUUCCCAUGAGUCCAGACCUCUUCCUCCUCCUGUUGAAGCUCCUCCACCCAGCAUGCUGCUUGCCCAAGCUGCACAGCAACCUAACAAGUCCUGGAAGUUUACUAACAGCUUUGAGCACCAAAAAUCAAACUUUAUUGCAAAAAAGAGCUCGAAUCAACCUCCAACAUCUAAACCAACCAAAAAUGAGAAGGAAAGUAUUCCAGCGAAGAAGCCUAUGGAAAACUCCUUGAGGAUCCUGACCACAGUUAUUAAUGGAAUGAGACACUGGAGCCAGUUUAAAGAUAAAAUUCCUUACUUAUUUGAGAUAUUUGGCACUCUGGACUCUGCAGUCACUCUGGGGCGCUACGGAGCCAAGAGCUUUCUACUGAGAGACGGGAAGGAUGUGCUGCAGUGUGUCUUCUAUGAAAAUGAGCAGCUGCUGCCGCGCCUCAUUCGAGGUCAAGUCCAUCGCUGCGUCGGCAACUAUGACCGCAGCAGAGACGUCCUGAUAUGCGUGUCCGUUCGAGCCGGUCAGCCGUCAGAGCAGAGGAACGCUCUGGAAGCUGUCAAAGUGUCGGAUGCAGAAAUGAGAGCGCUGGUCAAGAUACUCAGCGAAGUUUGAGCACAAAAUGGUACAAAAUACUGUUUGUCCAGCUUCUUGUGCAGAUAUCUUACUACACUUGAAAUAAGAUAAAACUAGCUUACAAGUAACUUUUCAGCAUGACAUAGGAGCCUGUUUUAAGGCAAUUAUUCUUUAAUAUGGAUUAAAAUAAGAGUAUUAGUUUGACUGGCAGAUUUUUUUCACUCCUAAGGUUUUUUUUUUCUUCCAGUGGGACGAGUACCAUUUUAUCAGCAUUAAGGUAUUAUUAACUUAAAACAAGCUCCUUUAUCUUACUGAAAAGUUUAGUAGUUUUUAGACGAAAAAUACGUAAGAGUAAGAUUAAUUAAGAUUGUGUGUUUUAGCAGUGCAGCGGCUGUCGUCAUCGGUCAACAUUUGAGAUUUAUAAGAAUAUUUCUAUAUGCUUGGUUUGUUGAAAAAGAAAGGUAGCUUUAACAAAAAUAUUGUUAUUGUUUUUGUCAUUUUCCCUUCAAGGUUGCAGCUUCCAUACUUGUAUUGUGUUAACAUUUACAUGUUCUCCUUUCCUGGUUCUAUAGUUUUCUGUGAACAAAUGUAACGGGAA